AUGCCUUUUGAUCAUGUGCUGAGAGUGUUGCUCGCCUUUUUUAAUCUUACUUGUGAUAAUACGCUGAAGUUUCCUAUUUAUACAAAUGAUUUGGUACCAAACACUUGGAAACCUAUUAUUACUACUACUAUUACUACUAUUACUACUACUAUUACUACUAUUACUACUACUAUUACUACUAUUACUACUACUAUUACUACUAUUACUACUACUAUUACUACUAUUACUACUAUUACUACUACUAUUACUACUAUUACUACUACUAUUACUACUACUAUUAUUACUAUUACUACUACUAUUACUACUACUAUUACUACUAUUACUACUAUUACUACUACUAUUACUACUACUAUUACUACUACUAUUACUACUAUUACUACUAUUACUACUAUUACUACUACUAUUACUACUAUUACUACUACUAUUACUACUAUUACUACUAUUACUACUACUAUUACUACUAUUACUACUAUUACUACUACUACUAUUACUACUACUAUUACUACUAUUACUACUAUUACUACUACUAUUACUACUACUACUAUUACUACUAUUACUACUACUAUUACUACUAUUACUAUUACUACUAUUGCUACUACUACUAUUACUACUACUAUUACUACUACUAUUACUACUGCUAUUACUACUAUUACUACUGCUAUUACUACUAUUACUGCUACUAUUACUACUACUAUUACUACUAUUACUACUACUAUUACUACUGCUAUUACUACUGCUAUUACUACUAUUACUACUACUAUUACUACUACUAUUACUACUACUAUUACUACUAUUACUACUACUAUUAUUACUAUUACUACUACUAUUACUACUAUUACUACUACUAUUACUACUACUAUUACUAUUACUACUAUUACUACUACUAUUACUACCAUUACUACUAUUACUACUAUUACUACUACUAUUACUACUAUUACUACUACUAUUACUACUACUACUACUAUUACUACUAUUACUACUACUAUUACUACUAUUACUACUAUUUCUACUUCUAUUACUACUAUUACUACUACUAUUACUACUACUAUUACUACUAUUACUACUUAUUGGAACUGUUUGGAACUUUUAUUAGAAUUUGUCUAUGUGAUGGCUGUCACGACAAUAUAG